AUGAAUAAUAAUAAUAAUAUACGGAAAUACAACAACUUUAUUUCUUCAUCAGUUUUGCAACAUAUUUUCAUCAGGAGAGUCAAACAAAAUUUUGGAAAUGCUUCUCUUUUCCAUCCAUGGAGUGAUUCAAAAAAACAAUCUUUUCAUUCAUCUGUGGUACCACAAACAAAUCAGAACAGCUCACAUCAAAUUCCUGCUGAAAUUAUAAAUAUUCAUCAAGAGUCACCGAAAACAAAACGAUUUACAUUAAGAGUCAAAGCAUCUUUUUUUACUUUCUAUGCAGGGCAAUUUAUUAAUAUUUAUUUGAAUGACAUGACAGCUUCAUUUUCAAUAUCUAGUGCUCCAACGAUGCUCUCUAAUGAAAUUGAAAUCACCGUUCAGAGAAGUAAUCACCCUCUUACACAUUUGCUUCAUGAUUCAAAAAUUGGAGAUGUCAUCCAAGUUUCAGGACCACAGGGCAAUUUUUAUUUCAAUGUUAGUGAUCUACGGUUUGAAAAUAUCAAACAUUUAGUUCUUAUUGCUGGUGGCCUUGGUGUCACACCCUUAAUAUCGAUCAUGAAAUACAUUUCUGGAAAUAUGCUCUAUUUCUAUCAUGUCACAUUAAUAUAUUCUGCAAGUACGGUUGAUGAUUUUUGCUUUGUGAAUGAUAUUUCAAAUAUUGUCAGCAACUUUCCGAAUAUCAAGUGUAAACUUUUGGCCUCAACAUCUCCAACCAGCUCAAUACCACAAGCACUAGAGCCGAUAUUGACAAGUGACAGAAAAAUUGAUGUCCAUUAUUUGAAAAAUAAUUUGAAUGAAGAACAACGAAAAGAGGCAAUAUUCUUUGUAUGUGGUCCAAUCAGUAUGGUCAAGGAUGUUUCAGCAGCUCUUCAAGAAUUAUCUGUAGACAUGGAUAGAAUAUAUCAUCAAUAA